AUGAACUCUAAGGAAUCAGUCAACGCGAACAUUCUGAACGACGACUUGGUAUAUAAGAUCCUCCUAUUUCCUACGGAGGAAGGGGUUAACUAUAUAAAGGAUGGACCCCCAAUACCUAAGAAGGUGAUGUUCGAGAAGUUCGUGGACGACUUGUUCUUUGGUGGAGAUACAGCAGAAGAAGCACGGUCGAGUAAGGAGUUCGUAACUCACUUCUUUAAGGGACAUGGGUUGAUCACUGAUCCACUUAAGGAUCUUACAACCUGUCAUGGAGGUCGAGAGGAACUGCAUGAUGACGGCCAUCUACUCGGCUAUACUUUAGCCCUUGAUAAGGAUCAACUUGUGUGUAUGUUCUCUGGUUACAUGCCCGCUGAGCAGUGUGACAAAAGAAGGGCUUGUGCUAUACUUUCUUCGCUGUAUGACCCUAUGGGAUUGUUAUUGGAAGUGGACAUGGCUGGAAGGUUAAUAUGGCGAGAUAUCUGUGCUACGUGUAAGGAAUGGUCAAGUAUCCUAACGGUGGAAUUGAUUGAUCGGUUGAAGCUUUGGGUACGACAAGUUGAAGAAGUGGUCGCUAAUACACGCACGCAACGGUUUGUUGAGCUCGCUGAGAAGGGUAUUAUUGUGUCCACGGAUGCUUCCAAUGAUGCAUGGGGUGUUGAUAUAAGGUGCACAGGUGACUACCUUCCGGUUAGAGUUAUGGCAAGGGGAGGAUUAUUUCCGGGUACCCAAGCCACUUGGUCUAUACCACGUAAGGAACUAGUCGGAGUGUACCAUGGUUUGAAGAUUGUGAAAGCAAUCUCAAGUUACUUACCAGUGAAGACCUUCCUGCAGCCGUUACAAGCACCUCUACAAGAUCUAACCCCACG